UCUUCACCUUGCGUGAGCUAAAGAGCAUCUCAUGGAAAUUGGAAUCGGGCCACAGCUGCUGGAAGCUAUCCGCGGCCAAUACCUCGGGGAUGUGGAUUUUCUUCUGACAAGAGGGGCUGACCCCGAUGGAUUUCGUCUCUCUAGCUAUGAAAUGGUGCAGAGCUAUUUUCUGCGAUUUCUUCCUAAGCCGGACUCAAACACGACAAUUCACCCCCUUUCCCGGACCGAACUCCUUGCUACCAUACAUGCUAAUGGGUAUCCUGCCCAGACAGUUCACAUCACGGAGGAGGAGGUUGAAGAGAGGUCGAAAGAGGCAUUCUGGACCGAAUACUCGCCCAAUCAUAUAUUUCAGGAAUUACGAUUCAUUCAUCCCUUGAUUGUUGCAGCCCGGCACGACUCGACAGCCAUUGUCGACCGACUUCUCGCAAGCCACUCUGAUUGUUCCUUUUGGACUCCUGAGCCCCCGAUGAGAGAAAUACCGGAACCGCCUACACCGUCAGCCCUGGCUUUCUUGUCGCCUAUCCACGAGGCCAUUGCGAGCGGAAAUACCGCCAUGUUGAGCCAUCUUCUUGCUCGGGGGUUCAGUCCAAAUACUCUCCCCCUUGGCGACGUGCGUAAGAGUUUUACACCACUCAUGUCAACCUUCCUGCACAGGAACAACGAAUCCUGGAAUGAAGCGGCAUACGACAUCCUUGCUCAGGAUCCUCGGAUCGACUUUGAUCUCCGCGCGCCAUUCAUGCUGGUGCAUAUUCUUCACAUUGCCACGACGUAUUCCCUCGCCGCUCUCCGACGCGUCGAGCGUGAUGUUCCGCUUUCUCAUGCCGAUACCACGGCUUACGGCCACACGCUCCUACACAUUGCCUGUCUGCCAAAGCUCAUCCAAAGAUUUGCACACAAAGUUCGCGAAUCUGUCCGCAGCAUGCGAUGUCCGUGGGACUCCGCUCCUAAAACCAAGGCUCAAUGUGAGGCCGACCUUUCCCCUCAACUGGAACUAAUACAAUACCUGUUAGCAUCUGGCGUGCAGUCGGUCACCGCGUACGAUACCGAUUUGAACACCCCGUUGCAUUAUCUCGCCAGCGCGCGGGUCAUUAACGAGGAGGCAAUUGCGCUUUUGCGCGCGCAGCCAGAUGGUGAGGUAACAUGGAUGGAAUGGAGGAAUUGGUAUGGAUAUACGGCGGAGGAAUUGUGGGAGCAGGCGCAUCGCAAGCGGGCGCAGAAAGACUCGUGGUAUGGAGGGACGACUCGGCGGGUUGCUACGAUGCCGACACUUCGACUGAGAUGGUGAGCUUAUACCUUGCUUGUGGUAAGGGAUGCUUUGUUUCUAUGUGCUGCGCUGAGAUUGAGUGGAAUUGGUGAUUACCAUGGCUGCAGGUACGUUCUCUAUGCUCGUGAUUGCUGUGUUUACUAUGGAACAGUUGACUAGUGGUAUACUCGAUUUCAU